CCCAAGUUCUUCCUCCUGCCAGGGCUGAAGUUCUCAACUACAGCCAGCUCCUCUCUGUGAGCUUCGGCCUCCCUGCUGCACACUCCCCUGGUCCCAGAGGAAUCAGAUUAUGUCCAAAGACAUGGAGACUGCAGCCGUUGGUGAGGUGGGCCCUGAGGCCCCUCAACCCACCCACAUUGAUGUGCACAUCCAUCAGGAGUCUGUUCUGGCCAAACUCCUGCUGGCCGGAUGCUCAGUGCUAAGGGUUCCAGCAUCUGCUUCCAUCCAGAGCCAGGGCAGCAGCCGAGUGCUGGUGGCCUCCUGGGUGGUGCAGACUGUGCUGGGGGUUCUGAGUGUGGUUCUGGGUGGAAUCCUCUACAUCUGCCAUUAUUUAGCCAUGCAUACCGAAGGUGCCCCCUUCUGGACUGGGAUCGUGGCUAUGCUGGCCGGAGCUGUUGCCUUCCUUCACAAGAAACGGGGUGGUAUCUUCUGGGCCCUGAUGAGGACCCUUCUGGUGCUAGCAAGUUUCUGCACAUCUGUGGCCGCCAUCAUUCUUGGGUCUCGUGAGUUCAAUGUAUUCCGGCUCUAUCUCGGAGAUGAUGUCUGUAAAGGUUACACUCCAUAUCGUUGGUCCACGAUGCCCAGCAACACUCCAGCUCCUGAAGAAGAUGAUAAGAGAGCCUUGUGCCUCUUCUACACAAGCAUGCUAAGGACCCUGCUCUUAAGCCUCCAGGCAAUACUCUUGGGUGUCUGGGUGCUGCUGCUCCUGGCUUCUCUCACCCCUGUAUGUGUCUACCUCUGGAAAAGAUUCUUCACAAAGGUGCAAACAGAGGAGAAGAAACUGAUGUGUGCAGCUGUAAUCUAGCCCUGGCUUUCCUCUUGCUCUGGGUGUCCCUCCUUCUGAAGCCUGAAAGAAGAGUCAGGCAGGAGUAAGAAGACCCUACCCCACUACCAGGGCCAUGGCCACUGGCUGGCUCCACCCAGCACCACAGCAGCUCACAACAGCACUUGCUCCUCUUUCCCCACCUUCAGCACCCUGCAUCCCUUCUCAGGCAGCAACUUAAUAAUAAACUCUUGUGUUACUGCUAGCA